UCUCUCUCUCUCUCUCUCUCUCUCUCUCCCCAAAGUGGAGUCUGGCUCCUCCUCCAUCUGUUUACUUAAAGAAGGUUGAUCAAUCUUAUGCAUGAGAAGGUAUGUGUUUAGGAUACAGAGAAGGUGAAUAGAUCCAAAAGGCAAAUGGGUUCGAUGAACAAGUGGUUGGGUUUCUCUCUCUCUUCACAGUCACAGCAGCCCCUUGCUCUCCCACUUCCUUUCCUCUCCCAUUCCCAGGGCAUUUCUGAUCCCACCGCUGUUGAUGAUGGUGAUGUUUCAGAUUGGAGGGUGAAGAGGGUGGGAGGAGAUGGAAGCUUCAAGGCAGUGAACUCGGUGGUGGAUCUAUCAGCAUCAGCUAUGCUCUUGGCCCAAACCCCAGUUGCUGAUGAUGAACAAGCCCCCAAUAAGCUCGACAACUUUCUCGGGUGCAACCCCCUCUCCUCUUCUUCUGAUCAUGACCACCUCCACCUCAACCACAACUUCAACAUGGGCGGCUCCGGCUCCGGCUCCGCCUCAUCCUCCUCCAUGCUCGGCUUGUCCAUGAUCAAGUCUUGGCUGAGGACCCACCCUCCCAAUAGCAAUACUAGUACUAGUCUGGCCGGGACGGAGAUCGGUGCACCAGCACAAGCGCUGUCGCUCUCCACCGCUUCUGCCAGUGGCGGCGGUUGUGGUAUCGAUCACAAUGAUCCACAAAUGCAAACGGCCCCUCCUGCUCCUCCUCUUCUUCGUGAUAACUCCUCUACUGAUGAUACCCCAACCACUUUGUCCGCCGACUCACUCCCUCGUAGAUCUGCCGAUACUUUCGGACAACGCACUUCCAUCUAUCGCGGCGUUACCAGGCAUAGAUGGACUGGGAGAUAUGAGGCUCACCUUUGGGACAAUACCUGCCGUCGGGAAGGCCAAACUCGCAAGGGAAGGCAAGUUUAUCUGGGAGGUUAUGACAAGGAAGAAAAGGCCGCCCGAGCCUAUGAUUUAGCCGCUCUCAAGUAUUGGGGCACCACCACCACGACCAAUUUCCCGAUCAGCAAUUACGAUAAAGAGUUGGAAGAGAUGAAGCACAUGACCAGGCAGGAGUUCAUUGCGUCUUUGCGAAGGAAGAGUAGUGGGUUCUCUCGUGGGGCAUCCAUUUAUAGAGGAGUGACCAGACAUCACCAGCAUGGAAGGUGGCAAGCAAGAAUAGGAAGGGUUGCUGGGAACAAGGACCUUUACUUGGGCACUUUCAGUACCCAAGAGGAAGCAGCCGAGGCAUAUGAUAUAGCCGCCAUAAAGUUCAGGGGGCUGAACGCAGUGACCAAUUUCGACAUGAGCCGUUACGACGUGAAGACCAUCCUGGAGAGCACCAACUUGCCUAUUGGAGCAGCCGCCAAGCGCUUGAAGGAAGCCGAGCAGUCAGUGCCUGCCAUCGCGGGCCACAUCACUCUUGGGGGAUCACAUGAGCACCAUAACUUUGUCUCUGGAUCACCGCUCAGCGCUUUCUGGCCCUAUACGACAUUCAAAGGUGGUACCACUGAUUAUGGGGAUUUCCUCCAUGCACAAGCACAGGCGCAGGCAUGGAUGAGCAACAGUAAUAUGCAGCAUGCGAUAAAUCGGCAUCAUCAGUUGCCCUCGCCAUAUGGAUAUGGGCAUGUGCAGAGGGCGUGGCCAUGCAAGCAAGAGCAAGAGGAUGAUUAUUGUUAUUCCAACUCCAACACCAUUAACACCACCCACAAUUUCUUCAACCACCAGCCUGCCUCUUCCAAUUCCCUCUUAUUGAGCACCACUGACUCUUCCAACAAUAACAUCGACUCCCCAAUAUCCAUGGAGCAGAGUUCAUCCUCCAAUUCUCUUGUGUAUGGUGGUAAUGGAUUCAACAAUGCAGCUGCAUAUGGGAAUAAUAAUCAUUCUGGGCUUGGGAUCCCGGUGGGAACCGUCUUGGCUAGCAAUGGCAUUGGCCAUCAUCAUCAAAAUCAGCAUACCGAGCAAUUCAGAGUGAAUGAAACUAAAGAUAAUGAUGGGCUAGCGAAAGUAAUUGGGUAUGGUCAACAGAACCACAUUCAAGAUGAUUGCAACCAUGAACAUUAUCAACAAGGUGGUGGAUACGAGCUGGGUUGGCUACCCACUGCAGUGCCAACAACAACAACCCUCUUCUCUAGUAACAAUUGUGCGAUGCAUCAGGUGGAGGCAUCCCCUUUCGCCGUGUGGAAGGACACUUGA